UCAAAACGCGUUUUUACCAGUUGAACAUCGUUUUCUACCAUUUUUUGUUUACGUUUGCACCGCGAUUAUUCGUGCACCUGCACUCGCAAUUUGUUCUGUGCCAGCGGCGCUUUUUCGCCGGCAAAUUGCUGCAAGUUUACGUAGCCCUCCGGCCGACGACGUGGUGGACUCCAGUUGUAUUUUUGAUAUUUAGCCACCAGCAGUGGGAUUUCUCAUCUUGGCACUUGUGAUUAUCGGCGGGGCGCUCUUUGAUCAUCAUCAGCGGCAAAUCACGAACCGAACCGAAAGUAGUUCUUUUGUUCUGUUCUGCUUUCUGGCCAACUCUUCCCCCAGCUCCCCGCACUGCGCUCCUCGUGCUUCUUCUUUCUGGCCACCUAGACACGUCAACAGAUUUGAAAUUUGUAAUUUGUUAACUGGAAUCUGGAAUCUCUAAAGAGAGAGAUGCGCGUUAGCACCAUCCGUAGCGGUCGGAUCUGCCGGCUGGCAUUGUGCCUGCUGGUACUGUUGCCAUUGCUGUAUCUCCUGGCCAAUUGGAGUGAUCAUCAUAAACGCGUCCAGGAGGCGUAUCACACGCGCUUUGGCGGACCAAAGUUUUCACAUCAACGACUGGAAGGAAGGCCCAGGGAAGUGCCCAAGCUAGUUGAGGGUCUUGGAAACUUUGAGCCGAAAGAUGUGAAGCCACGUAGUGGACCUGGUGAGAAUGGCGAGGCACAUAGCCUGUCGCCUGAUAAGAAACACAUGUCGGAUGCCUCCGAAAUGGAGUAUGGCAUGAACAUUGCCUGCUCUGACGAAAUAUCGAUGCAUCGAUCGGUGCGGGACACGCGUCUGGAAGAAUGCCGUCACUGGGACUAUCCCUAUGAUCUGCCAAGUACCAGUGUCAUCAUUGUCUUCCACAACGAGGGCUUCUCUGUGCUUAUGCGUACCGUCCAUUCGGUCAUUGACCGUUCACCCGCCCAUAUGCUGCACGAGAUUAUCCUCGUGGACGACUUCUCUGAUAAGGAAAACCUUCGCAGCCAGCUGGAUGAGUAUGUACUGCAGUUUAAGGGAUUGGUUAAGGUCAUUAGGAAUAAGGAGCGUGAAGGUCUUAUCCGCACACGAUCAAGGGGAGCCAUGGAGGCUACUGGUGAGGUGAUCGUCUUCCUGGAUGCCCAUUGCGAAGUGAACACCAACUGGCUGCCACCAAUGCUUGCCCCCAUUUACCGGGAUCGCACUGUGAUGACUGUGCCCAUUAUCGAUGGCAUCGAUCACAAGAACUUUGAGUAUCGUCCUGUUUAUGGAACAGACAACCAUUUCCGUGGCAUCUUCGAGUGGGGAAUGCUGUACAAGGAGAACGAGGUACCGCGUCGUGAACAGCGCCGCCGUUCGCAUAACUCAGAGCCCUAUCGCAGUCCCACCCACGCCGGCGGACUGUUUGCCAUUAAUAGGGAGUACUUCCUGGAGCUGGGUGCCUAUGAUCCUGGGCUGCUGGUCUGGGGCGGCGAAAACUUCGAGUUAAGCUUUAAGAUCUGGCAAUGCGGCGGCAGUAUUGAAUGGGUGCCUUGCUCACGUGUGGGCCACGUCUAUCGCGGCUUUAUGCCCUACAAUUUCGGCAAGCUGGCUAGCAAGAAGAAGGGUCCACUAAUCACGAUCAACUACAAGCGCGUCAUUGAGACGUGGUUUGAUGAUACGCACAAGGAGUACUUCUAUACACGCGAGCCGUUGGCCCGAUACUUGGACAUGGGCGAUAUUAGCGAGCAGCUGGCGCUGAAGAAGCGUUUGAACUGCAAGAGCUUCCAGUGGUUUAUGGACCACAUCGCUUACGAUGUUUAUGACAAGUUCCCAGGACUGCCGGCCAACCUGCACUGGGGAGAACUUCGCUCGGUGGCUUCCGAUGGAUGCCUGGACUCAAUGGGUCAUCAGCCGCCUGCCAUUAUGGGACUGACAUACUGCCAUGGAGGAGGAAAUAACCAAUUGGUCAGGCUGAAUGCUGCUGGACAAUUGGGCGUGGGUGAGCGUUGCGUGGAAGCUGAUCGGCAGGGUAUCAAGCUAGCCGUUUGUCGCCUGGGAACAGUCGACGGUCCAUGGCAGUACAACGAGCAUACAAAGCACCUGAUGCACCGCGUCCACAAGAAAUGCAUGGCCCUGCACCCAGCCACCCAGCAAUUGUCAUUGGGCCAUUGCGAUGUCAACGAUAGCUACCAGCAGUGGUGGUUCAAGGAGAUACGCCCGCGCUGGUAAGUCCAGUGUGGAAAGAUCAGGCUCAGAAAGGGAGGAAAAGAAGAAAGAGAAGUUAGCAGACAGGCAGGAGGAUCAAGAGAGAUGAUGGAUCACAAGGGUUUCAGCCGGGGCAACGGGGGCGAUAUUUUAGACAAAAAGCAAUUUAGUGAAAAUGAGAAAUGGAAUUGUUGUUGGUUUUGUAACGCAUACAAGUAUAUACACACACAAAAAGAAAAAACGAAACGAAAUGAAAUCAUUCAGAAGAUGAUAUAUACAAAACAUACAUAAGCAUUUAUGUAACGCACUGUACAUAUGCACUGCCGGUACAUGGAAAUCCUUUUUACCGCCCCCCAGUUUAUUAGAGGGAGUCCACCAAGGCCAGGGCAUUGAAUGCUCGAUGGAUAAAUCAGCGACGAUAUUAUUAAAGCUUAGGAGUUCCGAUUUUGUAAAACAAUUUCGUAAAGACAUUUAUUUUUUUUGGUAGAUUUUAAAUCACAAAUCGUGAAUUAAUCUUAUAUAUGUAUAAUAUAAUAGAAAAAUUGCUUUUAGAAUAAUAUUUGUAAGUCAGUUGAAAGAAAGAAAAAUGGAAAAUAAUGUUACCAGUAAUAUUGAUAUGCAAUUUUGAAACUCUAAAUGUGUGUUCUUUGAGUAGUGUUUUCAGAAAAUAUACUUUUUUUUUCAUUUCCAUUUUAAAAAAGAUUUAAUCAAAAUAUUUAUGAUAUUUACAAAAAAAAAUAAAACACUUAGUGUCGAACAAAAAUCAUCACAAUUUUGUUAUCAUCACAUUACGAUUGGCAAAUCUCAUACAAUAGUUAAUCGAAUUAGUUAUUAGGACCCUUAAAGCUGAAAGGGGGGGAUUUCCAUGUACGUCCUUGUGUGUCCUUGCGUGUGUGAGUGAGAGAAUGCGUUAGACAUAGAGUUAUAGAAUGGAAGCGAAUUAGAAAGAGAUGGCUAGAUGGCGACAAAUCGUUGGUUGAAUCGAGUGCAAUAGAGAGAGAGAGAGAAUUUUUUUAUAACGGAACGAAAUGAUAUGGUCGCAGAUUGUUUUGCUUUAUGAUUGCCAACACACAAAUUAAUGUACUAACCUUAGUCUGUACUCCUGUAACUGCAAAACUAACUUAAGCUUAGUUUCGAUGCUGCCACACACACAUACACACACUCACACUCACACACAUUCCAAUCUAAUCUAAUGUUAUAAUCCCAAUCCCAAAAUUCAAUCCAUACCGAUUGAGCCUGCAGCCAAGCUUGGCUCUUAAACUUUUUACGUUAAAUUUUUUGAUAUAGAAAUAUUCUGUAUUCUCGAUUUCCGUUAAGCUUCUCUGUACCAGGUAGUCGUAAUCAUAAUCAUGAUCGUUGCAAAGUGCUACGGGAGUUCGAUUUUUGAAAACAAUAUUUUACAUUCAUGUGUAACUUUAGAGUUAUCGAUAAGUCUGAAUAAUAGAAUAUAGAAAUAAAAAAGAAAAACGUUUUCUAAACACUUUACCUUGUAA